UGUCAAAACUGACCGCUGACGUCGGGUUUGAACCCACAGUGUUUGUGUACCAUCAGUGUUCUGCAACUUUACCUAGCUCCAUGGAAAGUUAAUAUUUAGCUAAAAAACCCUGGGAUUGAAAAAGGCUUCAAGGUGGCGACAGACAAGGUAGCAGGCAAGUUGAGUUCGACUCUUUCAUGGGUGAAGAACUCCGUGUCGCAUACGGUGAGUCAGAUGGCUAGUCAGGUGGCCACACCCUCCUCGCUGCACACCACUGCGGCCUCGUCCACUGCCUCGCUGUCCUCGCCCUCUUCAGCCUCCCCGACCCAGCUCAGCCCAGAUGAUGUGGAGCUGUUGGCCAAACUAGAGGAGCAAAACAGGUUGUUGGAGACAGACAGCAAGUCUUUACGGUCUGUGAAUGGCUCUAGGAGGAACAGUGGCUCCUCACUUGUCUCCAGUUCAUCAGCAUCUUCCAACUUGUCACACUUGGAGGAGGAUUCAUGGAUCUUGUGGGGACGCAUCGUCAACGAGUGGGAAGAUGUGCGGAAGAAGAAGGAAAAACAACUGAAGGACUUGGUUAGGAAGGGGAUUCCGCAUCACUUCCGGGCAAUAGUGUGGCAGCUGUUGUGCAGUGCCCAGAAUUUAUCCAUAAAGGAACAGUACUCUGAGCUGCUGAAGAUGACCUCACCCUGUGAAAAACUCAUCCGCAGAGACAUUGCCCGGACCUACCCCGAGCAUGAGUUUUUUAAGGAGAAGGAUAGUCUGGGCCAGGAGGUGCUCUUUAAUGUUAUGAAGGCUUACUCUCUGGUUGAUAGAGAGGUGGGCUACUGUCAGGGGAGUGCUUUUAUUGUCGGCCUUCUUCUUAUGCAGAUGCCAGAAGAGGAGGCCUUCUGUGUGUUUGUGAAACUGAUGCAGGACUACCGGUUGAGAGAACUAUUUAAACCCAGUAUGGCUGAAUUGGGCCUCUGCAUGUAUCAGUUUGAAUGUAUGAUUCAGGAGCAGCUCCCAGAGCUCCAUGUGCACUUCCAGGCCCAGAGUUUUCACACCUCUAUGUAUGCUUCCUCUUGGUUCCUCACCAUCUUCCUCACCUCCUUUCCCCUUCCUGUUGCCACCAGGAUAUUUGACAUAUUCAUGUGUGAGGGUUUAGAGAUUGUGUUUCGUGUGGGGAUGGCCAUCCUUCAGAUGAAUCAGGCAGAGCUUAUGCAGUUGGACAUGGAGGGGAUGUUACAGUACUUUCAGAAGGCCAUCCCUCCCCAGCUGGAUAGUGGACCCGACAAAGUUAUACAGGCUGCAUAUCAAGUUAGGUACAAUGCCAAGAAAAUGAAAAAAUUGGAGAAGGAAUACACUACAAUCAAAUCCAAGGAGAUGGAGGAACAGGUAGAAAUUAAAAGACUACGCACAGAGAACAGACUCCUGAAGCAGCGAAUAGACACUCUGGAGAAAGAAAGUGCUUCUUUGGCAGAUAGAUUGAUUCAGGGUCAGGUGACACGAGCCCAAGAGGCUGAGGAGAACUACUUGGUCAAGCGGGAGCUGACCACGGUCAAACAACAGAAUGAAGAGGCAAGUGCACAGCUGGAGCAGGCACAAAGCACCAUCCGACAGCUCCAGCAACAGCAGCCAUAUGUGAAGAGGAACCCACGCUACUCUGAGGAGUUCAUCCUGCAGUUGGAGAGAGAACUGGUGCAGGCCCGACUGGUGGAGGCUGAGUCCCAGUGCGCACUAAAAGAGAUGCAGGACAAAAUCCUCGACAUGGAAAAGAGAAAUGCAUCCCUGCCAGAUGAGAAUAAUGUGGUAUGUCUACAAGAGGAGCUAAUUGGUGUAAAACUGAGGGAGGCAGAGGCUAUGACAGGCCUUAAAGAACUUAGACAGCAGGUCAGAACACUGGAGGAGCACUGGCAGAGGCAUCUGGCACGCACGGCGGGUCGCUGGAAAGAUGGCCCUCGGAAGAAUGCAGCAAGUGAACUGCAGGAUGAGCUGAUGAGUGUGAGGCUCAGGGAGGCAGAGGCUCAGGCCGAGCUUAGAGAGACCAGACAGAGGAUGCUGGAACUGGAGACUCAGAAUCACAUACAUAAUAAUCAGCUGCGACGUGCAGAACAGGAGGCACGGAAUCUACAGGAGCGACUGCAGGUUUUGACCCAUCAGAACAAGACGCUGCAUUCAGAGCUGCAGGAGACGAAACGGAAACAGGCUGAAAUAGAGUGCAAGAAUAAGGAAGAUGUAAUGGCAGUGAGAUUGAGAGAAGCUGACAAUAUAGCUGCCAUGGCUGAACUUCAGCAGCAGAUCUCAGAGCUUGAGAUUCAGAAAGAGGAAGGAAAGGUCCAAGGCCAGCUAAACAACACAGACUCCAGUCAGUACAUUCGAGACCUGAAAGACCAGAUAGCCGAUCUCAAACAUGAGGUCCGAUGUUUAAGAGGGCAAAAGUGCAUACCCGGCCAACCCAAUUUUGAUGGGAUUCAUAUUGUAAAUCAUUAUAGAGCGGAUAAUGAAUCCUACCAGUCCUCUGAUGAUGAUGGAGUGAAGCUGUCACCCCAUCUGACUAGUCAUCAGGUUAGAGGCCGGAUCACACUACAUCCAAACCUUGAGGAUUCAGAAAGUGAGGGUGAUGAUGAAGGAGAUGCCCUACGACUGACUUUGCCCUCAAAUGUCAGCUGUAAGACAACUACAGUGUGAUCAUCUGCAUUGGUCAUACAGACCAGCAUCUAAAGCCUGAGAGGGAGAGCAUGUCUGUAAGCUCAUCCUUAAAACCUCAUGUUAGAGGGUACAUUUAAAACUGCCAACAUAGCAUUGAGCAUGGUAUUCGAGUGGGAGAACUUGAAAAGCCUUCGCUCAUCUUUACAAAUGGAUUUUGCAGUCAUAUCUCAUAAGGUCAUGGUUUACAUCUGCAUUUGUUUUGUUUUUGCCAAAAUGUAUCAGAUGACCAGACUCAGUAAGAGGCUUAAUGUGCCUCUCUAGACUCUUUGAGACGCUAGUAAUAAAGAUCGUCAUAAAGUGGCAGGAGAUCCACAGACCUUAAAGGAUGGUGUUUCUGAUACCCCAUGAUUUUUUUCACAUUAUGAGAAGUGACUUCAUAUAGUGUAGUGUUUUAUGUAUUAUAAUACAAUUUCCUUGUCAUAGCUUUUAUUUUUUUAAUCAUCAAUUGUUUAACACCAUGAGAAACCAGUCAGUGCAUUUGCUGGUGUUCAUAACUUUGAGGGAACACUGUCAUCUCAUUAAAGGAAUAUUCAGGGUUCCAUACAAGUUAAGCUCAAUGCACAGCAUUUGUGGCAUAACGCUGAUAACCACAAAAAUGUAAUUUACUUUCCCCUUCCUUUCUUUAAAAACAAUUACAAAACUGGGUUAUAGUGAGGCACUUUGAAUGGAAGUGAAUGGCGGCCAACCGAUAAACGUUUGAAUACUGACUGUUCAAAUGUAUAGCCACAAGAUGUAAACAAUAUGUGUGUUAAAUGUUCUGCACUUAUAUAGUGCUUUUAUUUUAUUUUUUUACCUUAGAGGUUACCAACGCGCUUUACACUGUGUCCCAAUCACCCAUCCACCAAUGGCAGCAGAGCUGCCAUGCAAGGUGCUAGCCUGCCAUUGGGAACAACUUGGGGUUCAGUGUCUUGCACAAGGACACUUCUGCAUGUGGAGUCAUGUGGGCCGGGAAUCGAACCACCAGCCCUGCAAUUGGAAGCUGACCCGCUCUACCACCUGAGCCACAGCUGCCCCAUAACAUGAUUUUAGUGUUAUGAAAUUGCUAACUAAGAUUUUCUGUGUACAACUUCAGUGCGAUGACAAUGUAAUGCUGUAAACCCUAAAACAACUGUAAAAACAAUGAUUUAAACUACUUUACAGUGCAAAUAAUACGUUUUAACAAAAUAAUUAAUUUAAGUGCUUUUAUAAAAUGAUAGGCUUCACAUUUCUGCCUUUUAAACCCUCCAAAUAAUUGGCUCCAUUAAUUGCCAUUGCACUUUAAGUGCCUCACUAUAACCUCAAUUUAUUUUUAGAAAAUCAACAUUAUGCCAUAAAUGCUGUCGAUUGAGCUUAACUUUGAUUGAACCUGCAAUAUUCCUUUAAAUUGACAUUAAACUUUCCUAUAUCAAUUCAGCAGUGUCAUAUCAAAAUUCAUCAACUGCAUAGCUUUUUCUACUGGCAUGAAUUAUUCAAUUGGGUUUUUGAAUGUACAUUAUGCAGUGUCUUUAAAGGAUCCAACAUCUUUGUAAAUAUGUACAUGUUUUGACUUUUUCAUAUCCAUUAUUACUUGAAAAUAUGUAUUCAGUUGAUGUCAUCAUGUCUAAAUUGUAAUGUAUUGUACAGUUUAGUUGAGAGGGAUGUACUCCUGAUUUUGGGAGGUCUUUGCAGGCAACAAAAUUCCUUCGCACACUGCUCUUCAUUAAUUAUUUUAUGCACUGUAGGUUUGAUGUUGUCGGUUUUCCAUUUCAGAGGAUGGAGUUUUGUUUUCACACAGUUGUUUUUGGUGCCUGGAAAGCUCUAUGAAUGUUUUGUUGAUUUAUACGAUUUUUGAGCAUGUUAUGAUUUAUGAAUUCUUGCAAACUGGUCGAACACAGAGAGAGAGGCUAUCUUAAUGUAACACAUCUGAUCAGUACCCUAUUUUUAUUUCUCUGGCCUUUCUCAUGCUAGGCACUAUAUGCCAUUACAGGCAAUGAAAAUACAAGUCAAAUUGCUGUCCCACCUUUUCUUUAUACAUCGGUAUUCGAAACAACUUAUUAAAUAGCUUCAGAAUUGGUUUGCAUUUUUGCACAAACAACAUGCAUAAGACUUCACAGCAAAGAAAAAUACUACUUUCCCCUCAGUUUAUGGCAAUAGCUUGAUUUAAUUUAGCUUUACUUUGUAUUGUUUGUUGUUUUCGUCCAGUAAGUUUUAGGAUGUGUGUCCUGAUGAUGCAUUUGAAGAUGUGACUGGAAGGCAAAGUCAUCUUUGAAGAAAAAGAAUGAAGUAUGAAUUUAAUAUCAGUGUCACAGAAGUCUGCUGUUUAUGAUGUUCAGCUUGUCUGGAGAUGACUAUAGCGCCUGAGAGCAAGCCUUAAAAACUACCCUGAUGGAUAUAAAGUUGGUACACUAUUUGCCCACCUUUUAAAAAGGUCAGUCCACCUACAAAAUAAAGACUUUGUGAAUUGAACGAACGUCUGUUUGCAAAGAACAAAACACUAAUGUUAUGUAAACAAGGAAUAAACAUUAUAUAAUGUACAGUCAAAUCUUUGGAAACUGGUUCUGGAGUGUUUUACAUUGAAUUCCAGUGGAAACUGGAUGUUCCUGUGGGCAUUAAGGAGGCUUUACAGACAGUUGACCAUGCUGAGAUGUGUGUCUUGAAAAUGACAUGUUGAUUUAAAUCGCAAU